AUGGCACGAGGAUCACGUGGGGGAAGGCACGCUGCUGUAGAUGGUGAGUAUGAACGCGAUGAGAUUGCAUGCAAUACACAACUAGAGGCACGCUGUCAGCGGAUGGAAGAGCAGUUUGAAGCGCUAACAAAGCAUCUUGCUACCUUAGCCGUUGUUAACCAGCCUCGAAACCGUAGUCCAACUCUACGUUUUGUGGAGGAAGAUGAGGUAGACUAUAAUGUUGAGGAUGAGAUGGAAAAUCCGUUUGCUGGACAUAGAAGGAGGAGGGAGAAACCCUUGGUUUCAUACAAUUCAAACAGAUGGGAAUCUGGGUUCAAAUUAGAUAUUCCAAAGUUCAAAGGUUGUUUACAACCUGAAGAAUUCCUAGAUUGGGUAGCUGCGGUUGAAGAAAUUUUGGAGUUUAAGGAGGUGCCGCAAGACAAAAGAGUUUCUUUGGUGGCAACCAAAUUUAGAGGACGUGCUGCUGCAUGGUGGCAACAAUUAAAGCAAAGUCGUAUUCGCCAAGGUAAAUCUAAAAUCAAUACUUGGGAAAAUUUUUUGAAACAUAUGCGUGCUGCAUUCUUACCCCAUAAUUAUAUGCAUACAUUAUAUCAACAACUACACAAUCUUAAGCAAGGUACACAAUCUAUAGAUGAGUAUACUCGAGAAUUUUAUCAACUUGUAGCUAGAGUUGACCUUGCAGAUUCGGAAGAUCAAUUAGUUUCACGUUAUAUUGGAGGCAUAAGGCAACAAUUUCAAGAUACUUUGAAUUUAUUUGACCCAAUUUCUGUAUCUGAAUCCCAUCAGAGAGCUUUGCAUUUAGAGAAGACGAUGAAUAGGAGGACUAACAUGGUUUCAAAUAGUAGUGGCAACCGACUACCACCAGUAGCUCCUCCUUAUGGUGCAAUUACACAAUCUACACAAGGAAAAGGCCAAGUUAAUCAAGCUAAUCCACAACCCAACCGCACUGCAGCUAGUAGUUCUGGCUCUCGAUGUUUCAAGUGUGGUGAGGCAGGGCAUAGAAUGGCUGAUUGCAAGAAGGGUGGCCGGUUUGGUAAGGGUUUAUUUAUUGAGAGUGAAGAAUGUACUGAUGAUCAUUUAAAUACCUUUGAGCAAGAAGCUGUUUAUGAUGCUGAAGAGGAAGAGAAGUAUGUGCAGGGGGAUGAUGGCCCUUUGUUAGUUACAAGAAGGGCGUGUUUCACACCUCGCAAAUCUGAAAGUGAGGAUUGGCUCCAAAGCAAUAUCUUUCAAACUACAUGUACUAUGGGGGGCAAGGUAUGUAGACUUGUUAUUGAUUCUGGAAGCUGUGAGAAUGUGGUAUCAGAAGAGGCUGUUCAAAAAUUGAGAUUAGCAACAGAGAAGCACCCUAACCCUUACAAACUAUCUUGGCUCAAAAGGGGCAAUGAGGUAACUGUAUCUAAACGUUGUUUGGUUUCUUUUUCUAUUGGGUUGAAAUAUAAGGAUAAUGCAUGGUGUGAUGUGGUAGUUAUGGAUGCAUGUCAUCUUCUCCUUGGUAGACCAUGGCAAUAUGAUAGAGAGGUUCAACAUGAUGGUAAGAAGAAUACAUACAGUUUCAUGUUUGGUAGCACAAAAAUUGUGUUGUUGCCCUGUAAGGAGAUUGAACCUAAGCCAACUUCAAGAGGGGGUAAGAAUCUCUUAGCUAAAAGGGCAUUUGUUGAAGAGAUGUUUGAUUCAGGGUUGGUGUUUGUAUUAUUGGGAAAGGAGAGCUCAAAGGGUAGUGUAGUACCAGAGGCUGUGCAAUCUUUAUUAGAUAAAUUUGCAAACGUAUUUCCUAGUGAUCUACCUGAGGGGUUACCGCCACUCCGAGAUAUACAACACCAAAUUGAUCUUGUACCAGGUUCUAAUCUACCUAAUCGCCCACACUACCGUAUGAGCCCAAAAGAGCAUGAAGAACUUAGAAGACAAGUAGAGGGUUUGUUGUUAAAAAGUCAUGCCAUCAACAAAAUUACAGUCCGAUAUAGAUUCCCUAUUCCUCGAUUGGAUGAUUUGCUUGAUCAGUUGAGUGGUGCUACAGUGUUUUCUAAGUUGGAUCUAAAAAGUGGGUACCAUCAAAUUCGAGUACGUCCUGGUGAUGAAUGGAAGACAGCAUUCAAGACACGUGAGGGGUUGUAUGAGUGGCUAGUAAUGCCAUUCGGACUUUCUAAUGCUCCUAGCACCUUUAUGCAUGUUAUGAACCAGAUUUUUCGCCCCUUCAUCGACAAGUUUGUUGUAGUUUAUUUUGAUGAUAUCCUGAUAUAUAGUGCCAAUAUUGAUUUACAUCUCCAACAUCUUCGUGAGGAUGGACUAUCAGUUGAUGAAUCAAAGGUUACUGCUGUUAAAGAAUGGCCAAUACCAACCACAGUCCACGAGGUCCGCAGUUUCCAUGGGUUGAUGUCAUUCUACCGGCGGUUUAUCCCUGACUUGAAGCGUGUCAAUAAGACUUCCGCUAAGUACAAACAAGCCGCUGACAAGAAACGUCGAGUAGUAGAAUUUGAGAUUGGUGAUUUUGUUUGGGCAAUUUUGACCAAAGAUCGCUUUCUUGUGGGAGAGUACAACAAACUAGCUGCUAGAAAGAUUGGUCCUUUGGAGAUUCUUGAGAAAAUUAAUCCUAAUGCCUAUCGAUUGAAACUUCCAAGUCAUAUGCGUACAUCUGACAUCUUCAAUGUUAAGCAUCUUGUUCCAUAUCGAGGAGACAAUUCCAAUCCAGACUCCAAACUCGAGGACGAGUUUCUUCCAACCCAGGGAGAAUGA